CUCUCCUAUGCAGACCUCUCUAAUGGGCAGGGGCCAGAGAAAUCAGAUGGGGUCUCCUCGGGAUACCACCGCUGGGCGUUACGUUUUCCAUCCUUUCACUGAAUUUUGAGGCACGGCUCGGGCGCUGAAUCACGUCCGCAUACCAGAGAUCAUCUCUGUAAUAAAUGACAGAACGAUCAAAGCGAGCGAGCAUGUGCAGAGGGCAUUCGUUUCCUUGGGGAGUUAUCCAUCUGAGUGUAUAGAAGACCGGCACCUUUCUUUUUUUUUUCUUUUUUUUGGAAUUCGCCGAUGCAUGGGUGCCUGAAGGAUGUUGGAGGGACCAUCAUGGGCCACGCCUUAUGUAUCUGCUCAAAGGGGACCAUCACCAUCAACAACAAACGUUACCUUUUAAUCCAUAGACUUGGAGAGGGUGGCUUUAGCUAUGUGGACCUAGUAGAGGGGCUUCAUGAUGGGCGCUUCUAUGCCUUGAAACGCAUCAUGUGCCAUGACAAGGAUGAUCGCCAGGAGGCCAUGCAUGAGAUAGAGAUGCACCAGCUCUUUGAGCAUCCCAACAUCCUGCCACUUUGUGCACAUGCAAUGGUGGAGAAGGGAUCCAAACAUGAGGCCUGGCUCCUGUUGCCCUUCCUCAAGAGAGGGACCCUGUGGCAGGAGGUUGAAGCUCUGAGAGAUAAAAGCAUCUUCAUGCCUGAAGAACGGAUCCUUGCCAUUCUACAUGGUAUUUGUCGGGGCUUACAGACCAUUCACAAGAAGGGCUAUGCGCACAGAGACCUGAAGCCUACAAAUGUGCUGCUAGAUGAUGACGACCAACCCUUAUUGAUGGAUCUGGGCUCUAUGAAUCAAGCACGCAUUGUGGUACAAAGUUCUCGGGAAGCCCUCAGGGUGCAGGACUGGGCUGCCCAGCGCUGCACAAUCUCAUACAGAGCACCAGAGUUGUUUACCGUUGAACGUGAAUGUGUUAUUGAUGAACGUACUGACAUCUGGUCCUUAGGCUGUGUUCUAUACUGCAUGAUGUUUGGUGAAGGGCCUUAUGACAUGAUCUUCCAGAAAGGGGACAGUGUGGCCUUGGCUGUACAGAAUGAUCUUACCGUGCCUGAGAACACUAGGUACUCACCUGCCUUGAAGCGUCUCCUCUCCUCUGCAAUGGUGGUGAAUCCCCAGGAGCGCCCAUACAUCACUGACAUUAUUUGCCAGCUAGAAGAUAUACAGCCACCACCAAGUGGACAGGAUACCACCCGUAUCUGAACGUGCAGAGUGGCUACUAAAGAUAGUCAGCAGAGUGGCUGAAGCCCAAACAGGGCCCGAAGAGCUUAAUACAAAGACUUGAGAAGGCUUUGCCAUGUUUCUGAUCUGUGCCUGCCUUCUUCUGGAAUUGCCCCACAGUGGGGCCCUUGACUUGACAAAAAAAACCGGCGCUGCUGCUUGGACUUCCUUUGCAGCCGUCAUUCUCACCUGUGCCCUCGCAUGCACCCCAGGAAUCUUACUGGGCCUCACCUAUUCUGUUGGCUGCUGCCUCAGCUAAGCAGCAUUCUGUUGCAAGGGACCCAAGAUACCUCAGCAAUAAGGAGGUAAGAUUCCCCAGGUUUUUGUACACAAGUACAGCUUCAGCUAAGUAUCAAGGAGCAGGUGCCCUAUUUAUUUUGAUAAAGGCAUAACCUCACUGCCUGUGUGCUGAAUAAAGUUUUCACAAUA